AGCUUCUUCCGUCUCUGCGCAGCACUCCUGGGAACUUCCGGUAGCGAUGGCUGCGGCGGUGGCUGGGGUUUGGCGAGGUGUCCCGCCCCGCGCGGCUUGGCUGCCCACCCUCCAGGCCGUGCGCCAUGGCUCCAAGGCCGUGACCCGCCACCGCCGCGUCAUGCACUUUGAGCGGCUGAAGCUAAUGGCCGUAACCAAGUAUAUCGCGCCCAAACCUGCCGUCAGCCCCAGAUGCCUGCCGCCCCCUCCCAAACCCCCAGAGGAGGACUCAGGCCUGGUCCGGCUCCUGCGUCGAGAAUUAGUAGCAGUUUUUCGGAACAACCGGAUGAUAGCUGUCUGCCAGAACGUGGCCAUGAGUGCAGAGGACAAGCUUCUCCUUCGGCACCAGCUGCAGAAGCACAACAUCUUGAUAAAAAUCUUCCCCAACCAGGUCCUCAAGCCUUUUCUAGAAGAUUCCAAAUACCAAAGCCUGCUUCCCCUUUUUAUUGGACACAAUCUGCUGCUGGUCAGUAAAGAGCCCAAGGUCAAGGAGAUGGUGCGCAUCUUAAAGAGUGUUCCUUUCAUGCCACUGCUGGGUGGCUGCAUCGAUGACACCAUCCUCAGCAGGCAGGGGUUCGUCAACUAUGCCAAGCUGCCCAGCCUGGACCUGCUGCAGAGGGAGCUGGUAGGAGGGCUCACUCACAUCAUGGCCCAGACCCGCUACCUGCUUCAGCACCAGCCGGUCCAGCUGACUUCCCUGCUGGAUCAGUAUGUCAAACAGCAGCACGAGGGAGAUUCUGCCACAGCAGCCAGUGGGGAGCCACUUCCUCCUGAUCCUGCUCCAGAUUCCUAGCCGGCCUGUUUUACCAGCUCUGCCCAUAAAUACGCUCUGUCCCUGUUGUCUGUGUUGUUGUCUGGCAGAGAUCUAAAAGAAUUUGGAGUGUGGGAGUGGCCUGUGGACUUGGCUCUCAUUCACAGUGACCUCCUUGGGGACAGCCUUCUUAAAGAUCCAGAGAAAUUCCAUUUCAGAGUGAGGCUGUCCAUUGUCUUCUGUUUCACUGAUCCCUCUGUCUUCCGUUAGGGAUUGGACAGGGACAGACUCCUUCGGUUCUCCAGGCACAGGGCAGGCUCCUUGCCCACUGUCCCUUGCUCUGUGUUUUCCCAGCCCUCCCUCUGGGUUCCAGUUCCUCCUCACGUCUUGAUGGACCAGUUAAGAAAACAUGUGAAUGGCACCUGCUGAGUCUUCUGCCAAGUACUGUACCAAACACAGAUGUCAGCUCCUUUCUUUUGUUCCUUCCCAUUCAGGAAAGGGCAGAGAAGUUUGAAGUCCUGGAUAAGGUCUUGAACUUGUUACUCUGAGACCUCAAGUUCCCAUAGCAGAACUUCUUCAUAAAGUUACUCCCAGGUGGGCCCCGUGGGCUCAGAUGUUGGUGUUUCACCUUUGGGGUGUGCUGGGUUGUGGAAGGAAUGGGAAAUUGCUUCAUAAUAAAAAUAAAAUACAUUUUAUGGA